AUCCUAUUGGUCAACUGAUACCACAUGGUACCGUUCCAGUCCAGCGCACGCUGAUUCUUUACAGCGGCAGAACGGUGGACGGGUGCAUCUUUGUCGCUGCGCUGACCAACUGGAGCAGCAUUCCUCUGCCACAUAUAGACUAACACUGCCAAACUGAAGAACCACUUUGUAGCCAUUAUGCCGCCUCCAAUUCGUCAUCGCUCCAUGCGCAUCUUUGUGAACGACGACCGCCAUGUGAUGGCCAAACACUCUGCAAUCUAUCCCACCCAGGAGGAGCUGGAAGGGGUGCAGAACAUGGUGUCCCACACCGAACGUGCUCUCAAGGCUGUCUCUGAUUGGCUGGACGAGCAGGAGAAAGGCAAUGCCAAACCGAAUGCCUUGGACUCUGAUGGAGAUGGCGAGAAAGAGACUGAACCAAAGUCAAUGGAGCAGCCCACUCGUUCACUGCGUGGAGUCAUGCGCGUGGGGCUAGUAGCUAAAGGUCUCCUGCUGAAGGGAGAUCUUGAUCUGGAGCUCGUGCUGUUGUGCAAAGACAAACCCACCAUCACCCUGCUGAAGAAAGUGUCUGACAAUCUCGCGGUGCAGCUUAAGCUCAUCACGGAAGAAAAAUAUGACGUUAAAUCGAGCAUCCGCGAUGCCACCAUUGUCAUCAAGAACUCCAAGGAGCCCCCGCUGACCCUUACCAUUCACCUGACUUCACCUCUCGUGAGGGAGGAGGUUGAGAAGCAGGCUGCCGGAGAAACGCUAUCAGUCAACGAUCCCCCGGAUGUACUGGACAGGCAGAAAUGCCUGACUGCCUUGGCGUCCCUCCGCCACGCCAAGUGGUUCCAGGCCAGGGCUAAUGGACUACGCUCCUGUGUGAUUGUCAUCCGUAUCCUGAGGGACCUCUGUGCUCGUGUUCCCACCUGGGCCCCUCUGCGAGGUUGGCCCUUAGAACUGCUGUGCGAGAAGGCGAUUGGCACUGGGAAUCGGCCAAUGGGAGCAGGAGAAGCUCUUCGUAGAGUUCUCGAGUGUCUCGCAUCUGGAAUCCUAAUGGCUGAUGGUUCAGGCAUUUGUGACCCUUGCGAAAAGGAGCCAACAGAUGCUAUCAGUCACGUGGAUCGCCAGCAGCGGGAGGACAUCACCCAGAGUGCUCAGCAUGCCUUGAGGCUUUCAGCUUUUGGACAGCUGCACAAAGUACUUGGCAUGGACCCGCUUCCUUCAAAAAUGCCCAGAAAACCACGAAGUGAGACACCUAUUGACUACACAGUUCAAAUCCCACCCAGCACAACCUACGUGCCCCCGAUGAAACGCCCCAUGGAGGAGGAGGAGGCUACUGAUGAGAAGAACCCAAACAAGAAAAAGAAGAAAUUGCAGAAGAAAUCUCCAGAGGAGAAGGCAGAGCCACCGCAGGCCAUGAAUGCCCUGAUGCGUCUGAACCAGCUGAAGCCGGGUCUACAGUACAAACUCAUCUCUCAGACCGGACCCGUCCAUGUGCCCGUGUUUACUAUGGCUGUAGAGGUGGACGGAAAGAACUUUGAAGCUUCUGGUCCAUCCAAACGCACUGCGAAACUACACGUAGCUGUCAAAGUCUUGCAAGAUAUGGGUCUGCCAACAGGAUUGGACCAAAAGGUAGCUGAACUGGUCAAACUAGAGGAGCCGGUGGCCACACAGGAGACUUUGCCUGCUGUGACCCAAAUGGAGCCCGAACCAGCUCCAACCUCAGACAGCCCCACUGAUGAGAGCGCUCGACAGCAGGGACCUAUCCUAACCAAACAUGGAAAGAACCCUGUUAUGGAGCUUAACGAAAAACGCAGAGGACUGAAGUACGAGCUCAUCUCUGAGACCGGUGGAAGCCAUGACAAACGCUUUGUCAUGGAGGUGGAGAUCGACGGACAGAAGUUCCAGGGUACCGGAUCCAAUAAAAAGGUGGCGAAGGCCUACGCAGCACUUGCAGCCCUGGAGAAGCUCUUCCCAGAAGGCUCCAACUCCGAUGCAAACAAGAAAAAGAAAAUGCCUCCAAUGCACCCCGGAUUUGGGAUGGUGGCUGGGCCACCUGCUGACAUGGCAGUCAAUCCCAGGGGCAGAGGAAGAGGACGUGGCAGGGGCAGAGGCCGGGGAUUUAACAAUGGAGGAGGAUUCAAUCAAGGUGGAUACGGGACUUAUGGAUAUGGUGGCAAUAACAACUCUGGCUACAGUGACUUUGUCUCAGACUCCUAUGGCUACCACGAGUUUGCGACAUAAACCGCCCAAUGUUUUCAAUAAGCACGCAAAUGUGAAACGAAAAAUUCAGACCGAGGGGGAAAAAAAACACUGGUUACCCACAUUAUAAACUCGUUUCCUUGUGAUGUACCGCCCACAAUCUCACCUCAAAAAACCUGCACCAACGAUCAACUAACACUGUGGAUGUGAACGGGAGUUUCUGCCUACGGAAAUCAAGAAAAGCAAGACGUAUUAUUUGUGCUGUGAUCAGUGCAGUCGGACUGAUAGUAGCUGUAGCAGACUGAUAUUUCAUAAUGGCUGUAUCUUCACUACAGCUCUCAAGUCACUGUAUAAGCCAUUUUUUGCCAACAGUUUAGUUGUUUUUCCUGGAAUAAUGUUCAAAAAGAAUUUUUAAUUGUCACUUCCAUACAUUGCCAUGUCUUUAAUGUUUUAAAGUUUAUUUAUUUUCUUUUUUUAAAUGUGGUGAAUGCCAUUGAUCGUGAGGAAACUGGGCUUGUAAGGAGUAGGCACAGAUUUUUAAUAUCAGAAUAUUAUCAAUUCUGUGAACUAUUGAUUAAAUGGGGUAUAUUUGCGGCAUUUUUUUUUUGUUGUUGUUUUUAAAAUGAUGUUUGUGGACUACGUCUUAUUUUGCAAUAAAUUCAAGUUAAUUUACAAACCUGUGAUUAUCU